AUGGGGACGGUACCGAGACUGAAGAUAACAGUGGUGGGCGAUGGUAUGGUUGGCAAAACAUGUCUGCUCUACGUAUAUACGAGAAACGAAUUCCCCAAGGAAUAUGUGCCGACCGUAUUUGAUAAUUACAUUGGCCACAUUACUGUCGACGGUCAAGAAGUAGAAAUGGCUCUAUGGGACACUGCUGGUCAAGAGGACUAUGAGCGACUGAGGCCGUUGUGUUAUAACCAUACUAGCUGUUUCCUCGUAUGUUAUUCCGUUGGGAGUCGAUCUUCGUAUGAAAACGUAAUCCACAAAUGGUAUCCAGAAUUAAAACAUUUUAGUUCUGCGGUACCAAUAGUACUUGUAGCUACCAAAACUGACUUAAGAUCGUCGGGAAAAGCUGUCAUUACAACACAAGAAGGAGUAUCACUGAAAAAGAAAAUACGAGCAAGUCAGUUGGUGGAAUGUUCCGCUUUGGAGCGAGAAAAUAUGCAUGAAGUGUUUGAAGAAGCGGUGCGAGCUGCUCUUCGGAAGAAACAUGUGCCGAAGCGUCAAUGUACAUUUCUU